UGUUGUUACAUUGUUUCCUGCAAACAAGAAGAGAGAGGAAACAAAACAUCCACAUCUGCGCUGCAACACCACUCUUCUUCUCUUCUUUUGGGUUUAAGGAAACGCGCCCAAAUCCAGAUGUUUACUAAAGAAGGGAUGCUGCAGCCACAGGGACAAGUGAUGUGACGGAUUAGUGGAACCACGAGGGCACCGAGGACCGCAACAGCGCCAAUGAGUGCCUAGCGCUUUAACGAGCCGCAGAGGAUCAGAUCAUCGGCCUUCAGGUGCUUUACGCGCAACGCGCAGCCGUGAAACAAGAGAAAGUAUAACGGAGGUCCGGCUUCAGACAGAGGAUGGUGGCGGAGAUGGAGAGCUGCGGAGCCGCUUGUCACCUGGAGGACGGAGACGGAGAUAUCCCUGCUCUAGAAAACAAAGAAAACCAGACAGAAAGUGACAGCAGCAGUUCAGAGAACGCAGGAACAUCCACUGAGGAGAGCUCAGAGGAGGACGAUGAAGAAGAGGAUGAGGAUUCUGAAGGCCUUGCUGAGAAGGAUGGAGGAGAGGAAGAGCAUGAAGAGGCCGGAGCAGACGAGUCUAGAAAUGAUCCAGUCACAGGACCUGAAGCAGAGGCUGUAAAUGGGAAAGAUGAAAGGAGCUUCAGAUUCUGCUGUGAAAAAUGUAAAGCCAUCCAGCAGAGCCACGGCAAUGAGCUGGUUACCCCGAGGAGGAUCUCUAAGGGACGCUUACAGGUGCAGCUGGAGGGAGAGGGCUCAUACGAGUGUUCGGUCACCGGCCUGGUGUUUGAAGCAUCGGAGCGGGUUCUGGUUCGGUACUCAGUCUUGUCCUGGUCCAAGUUCGGUGCGUUCCUGCGGGACUCUUGGAAGUUUGCGGGACCCAUCUUUAACGUGGACACAGUCAAUAAGGACGCCUCCGUCCUCCGCUCCAUCCAGUUCCCUCACUCCGUCUGCCUCUCUGAUCCAGACAAUGAGAUGACAUUCAGCGUGCUGCACAUGAAGAACAACCGUCCGCUCAUCGAGCCGACGGCGGACCACUCAGGGAGCCACGUGAAGUGGAAUGUGACGUCCCUGUCCCCCGUGGGUCCCAUCAUCCAGACCAGCCAGUCUGUGGAGCACCACGGGGUGGUCCUGGUCUACAAGCAGCAGGGCAGCGACCACAACAACUACAGCUUCCACGUCUACCUGGCCACCAACAGCGCGUCGGACAUCAAGGAUAUAGCUAAACAGGUGCGGGGCUACAAGAAGCGCUACAUCCAAAUAGAAAAACCUCCCACCACCAGCAAACUGGACGAGGGGACGUACCGUCUGCUGAGCGAGCCGGAGGGAGACAUCAAACCUCAGGAUUUGAAGUUCACCCUUGCGGUGACGAAGAUGAAAGGCUACUUUGAAGCUUUCUUUGAGCAGGCGCCUCCCUUUAAACUGUCUCUCAUAGAGAUCAACACGGAGGAGACCGUGUGGUCAGCCACCAUCAGAGAAGGUGACUGUGUGGAUAACAUAGAAAAGACGCCAAGGAAAAGGACAAACAGUAAGCCUCUUGUUUUUCUCAUUUUUUUUCUCAGAUUUGAUUUUUCCAAAUUACAAUGA